GCACAGCUGAUACCAAUUUAUCAGUAGCAGCUUUGCAGGCGACUAGGGGCCCUAACUACGAUAGUGCGCGUAGCACAAUGGCACUUGAACGCGAUGCAGAGCCGGCCCAGCCGGUGGUGACCUCCUCGCCGGACGCGGUAACGCACGACCCAGAGCAGGACAGCGACAGCGAUUUGGACGGGGACGGCUUCCUAAUUGAAGCCGGUGAUGUCAACGAGGAGGGAGGUCAGGAUUUGGACCACGCUGAUCCCGAUGGGGAUGAUGAUGAGGUGGCUUUCCCGGAGAUUCAGUUCAACUUGCCCAACCCAACGAACGUCAAAGUCAAGACCGCGGAAUACCUGCAGAGCUGUGUCACCGUCUCCGACUGCCCCACGCCGCGCUUCCCGGAGUUUGCCGUCAUUGGCCGCAGCAACGUGGGCAAGUCAUCGCUCAUCAACAUGCUCACCGGACGAAAGGACUUGGCGCUUGUGUCCAAGCAGCCAGGUAAGACCAAGUGCAUUAACCACUUCCUGAUCAACGGCUCCUGGUACUUUGUCGACCUGCCGGGCUACGGAUUUGCUAAGGUGGGGGUCCAAGGCCGUCAGCAGUUUGACACCUUCACGCGGGAGUACUUCAAGACGCGGCCCAACCUGGCGAUGGUGUUCUUGCUGGUGGACGCAUCUAUCCCACCGCAAAAAAUUGAUUUGGAGUACGCAAACUGGCUCACGGACAACGAGGUCCCUUUCACGCUGGUGUUCACCAAAGUGGACAAACGGCGCAAGGGCGUCUCGAGCUCCGCGUGUGACUCCCACGUGACGGCGUUCAAGCGUGCCUUACUACAGGACCUUGCCUUCUUGCCGCCCUCCGUCCUGACGUCGUGUGCGAAGGGGCUAGGGCGUGGUGAGAUGCUGAAUUUCAUUGCCAGACUACGGGUAGCUUUCGAGAAGAGCGGACGUUUGCUGGCAAUUCGACAGGGCAUGAUGUGACACAGUGACCUCCAUACAGCGGUCCGUGUGCGGAGAGGGAGCCGUGUCGCCUCAACACAGGACGCCACGCGUCACCCCAUACACAACUCAUGAAGCCCCCUUGCCUUGCUCCCCUUGCUCGCUCCUGUCCUAGAGACGUUACCGGAGUUUUUGGUCCGGAGUUUUGGUUUGGCAGAAAAUAUUUCUGCCGUUUAAGCACCUUUAGCCUCCGGAACCCUCUUGUAGAGAGUGGGUGAAGAAGCAGGGCCUGGGUGAAGAAGCAGGGCCUGGUAACUGGCCCCACAAGCCCACGGGAACCGUUGUUAAGCUGGAAAAGAAGAGCGAAGCCGGGCAAAGGUUGUGAUGAAGGGAAUGCCUUGCCAAUAUGCAUGACGGUGUAAUGAGAGGC